AUGGUAGUCUUUACAAUAGAGCCUAAAUGAGCUAAGAAAUAUUUCAAGACAAGUCAAUUUUACUUACUUCAAGUAAAAUAAAGCUUCACACACAACCGAUUCUUUUUUACUUCAGGUUAACUUAAGGCUAUUUUCCCACGCAACAUAAUUACGAUUGACUGACGUGUUUCGCACGUCAGCUAAGUCGGUUUUAAGGAUGGUUUUCAAGUCGCUUGAAACUUUCUUGAAUCGUUUCAACUUUCCAACUUUAAUGAGAUGCAAAGUAAAGUCACUUGAGAUUUUACUUAGGCCUUCACACACCAAUUUUUGGUUAAGUAAAACUUAGCAGCUCUUAAGUCUUACUUAACAGCCUAGUGUAAAGACAGCCAAUGUCUUACCAGACCAGUUCCAAACGGUCGCGGCCGUUCUGCCUUUUGAUUGGACAGAAAAACACAAGCGUUUUCUGGCACCAAUCAAAAGCCAGAACGGCAGCGACCGUUUGGAACUGGUCUGGUAAGACAUUGUCCCCAGGGGCUCUUCGCGCCGUUCUUUACUUUUCUUCGUGCCAUAUUUUUCCGCCCGUUUAGACUUUCCCUCGCCCCCACUAUCUGCCCCUGGGUCUCCGAGGAUGAGUUUGAAUAGGUGAGUAGUUCUGAGGAAAAAGGUUUUUUUUUUAGUAGUACCCAGUCCCCCAUUACAAGUUAUUCCUUUAAUCAGACCUUUCCUUUACAAAAUCUUAACAUUGCCAAGCACAGAAAUGAUAUAUACCUAAAGGCCUUAAAAUUAUGCAACUAGUAACACAAUUUUAAAAGCUUGUUUUUGUCUUCAGGUUUAUCCUUAUGUGUGACUAUAAUUCGGAACCUGCUUAUUCUUAGAAUUAGUUUCAAAUAAAAACAAACAUAGAGCAGAAUGCAAGCAAUGAAUUCCCAAAGAUUUUAAUCAAUAACAACAAGCAUUUAUAUAUCUCACUAAUAUAUUAUAGGUAUGUUUUUAAAAUAAACGCUGUAUAAUGAAAUGUUUUUUGUAAAAUGCAUACUCCAAAAUCCGUGUGGAUUGUUACUGACAAAUACACAAUGAAGACAUAUUUAAAAGAAAGGUUUCAGAAAGUAUCUUCGACUUAGUGAAUUGUAACUGAAUUGAACAUAUUCGUUUCUGUUGUAUUCAUUUUCUUAUUUCAUGAGAUCAAUACAAAUAAGUAUUUUAAAUGAACAGGAAAACCUUAAUUCAGUUUGCCCACCUCGGUAAGCAAAUCGCUCGUUUCAUUCUGAUUCGCCUCUUUGCCAGGGCAAAUUAUGACCUCAAUUGUAAUUCUUUUUGUUCGUCUGGUCCAUUCACCUCCUUAGAAAAAGUAGUAAACUACAACAGGAAAGUUAUCUGCUGAAAACGAUUCUGCUGAGUUGAUUGUUUAGGGCGCUUUGAAACUAAUUGUCCCCUCGCAACAAGAUUUUAUCGACUGUGUUCGUGAUCCACAAUGAUCUACAGCUGAUAACUGGUUGAGCUCAUGGAACGACAGUGCUGCGAAAAUGAAAGAACAUUGUCUCCCCCUCGAAUCUUCACUUAAACGUUCGCUACCUUCCCAAAAAACGUAACUUUUCAACUGACAUGACAAGCAAAUGAGUAACUUACCGGCAGCGUUACAAGAAAUCCCCAGAUAAUGUUAAACUGUUCCUCGCACUCGCGUCCGACUCUCGACUGCCAACCUCAUACGAAUGUCUAACCAAGAGGUCACAGAUUCAAGAGUGCUAAGACACGCUUUAAUAAGUUUUUCGCCAUUUCCUUUUAAGGCGUGUUCAGAAAGAAUCAUAGAUUUUCACUUUCUAGCGGUCACAAAAUUCUCGUAUAAAAAAUUUUGGCCGCCAUUGUACUUUGCUUGUAUACUGGAUAAGGUGCUACGCGGCGGGGACUGGGAACUGGUAAAACAGCGAAACAAACUUCAAAACUACCAAACAAAUUACCAAAACAAACUACCCGACAAAUCGAGUUCUCAGACGCUUUCAAGACAAAAAUAGGUAGCUGCCCUGUGCGGGCCGCAAAUAUUUGCCUACUUACCGAAAUAUUUAGCCGGGGUUCUAGGCCUUUCCCGAUUAUGCUAGUAAAACUGGCAUUUAAUCUCUUUUUACGCCCCUCCCCCUCCCCCCUCCCCCCAAAAUGCUCAAAUUAUACCCUAUUCGUAAAAUAAUGUUACUUUGAAAAGUAGGUUGAGUUUGAUCGUCCGGGUGAACGUAGUCCUGAAUAGGACUGUUGUUGUUGACAGUGACUGACGUUUCGACAACCUGUGCGGUAGUCAGAGUCAAAGUGAGUUGUAUCACGUCAGUUGAUGGUAUCACACUCUGGUUAUUGAUCUGAUUGGUCAAUUACGUAGUGAUGUUAUUGGUCGUCUGCCAAACUCAAUCUACUUUUGAAAUUACUCCUGGGUUCAAACCUUUCACAAUGUUACUUUGGUUCCAGAAAAUGUUUUUUUCUUAAUGUUCAAGCAAAACGUAGCUCACAUCAUGUGUGCUUAUCAUUAACUGAAUAAAGUGAAAAGUUCUUAUAAUAUAAUUGUUUGUUAAAAUUUCUGAUACACCGGGUACCCAAAACUUGUCCAAUGGUAAACAGUUAAUUCAUGUUCGAAGUCCUUAGCGUUUGUUGUACUGUGACUGUGACUGGCCUAUUAUUUCAAGCUUUAUUGGGCAGGAUCAAAAACAGGACGAAAUAUACAAACAUGAAAGACAGGAAAGAAUUAAAGACCAAAAGGGCAAGGUACUAACGGAACACUUCGACCCAUGCAGGGUGCCAACCCUAUGGAAAUAUAAGAAUUUUAAACGAUAUAUACAAAAAUAAAAUCCAGUUGUAGUAGGAGAAAAAUCUAAUUGUAGAAAACUUUAAUGGGAGAAAAUUUCCGUCUAACUGUAAAGAAAUCUAAUAUUCAAAAUGAAAAAUAAAGUAUAUAUGUUGCGGUUCAAUUUUAUCCUUGGUUUAAAUUUUAUUUUCUUUUGUUUCAAACUCAUUAUCAUACAUAGCCAUACCCAAAACAAAAGAAAAUAAAAUUUAAACCGAGGAUAAAAUUGAACCACAACAUAUUCAGCGAGUGUCAUGGACGUUCGCAAGAGAUUGACCAUUAGCAGACCAUGUCCACAUCAAAGACAUUCAUUAAAAGAGAAUUAUGUAAAUUCUUCGAAAAUAAUUGUAAACAGCUAAGAGAGGUAACACCACUUGGGAGAGCUUCGUUGCAUAAGUUGUCCCCCCCGAACUGACAAAAUAUGAAGCUUGAAAAGUGCGGCUUUUACAGGCCGGAACAGUAAGAUAACAGCCAGCAGACUGGCCACGGUGCGUAUGUACGUGGAUGAUUGUUAAAAGUUACGUAGUUAGAGACAUCAAAAUCAAAAUGAAGCCGUAGGCAGCUUUGUAAAAGAAAACGAGAUCCUUGAUUUUUCGAUCGUAAGCAAGAGGCAGCAUAUCCAAGGCGAGCAGUCUCUCCCCAUAUGACAUCAGGCCUGGCUUCAAACUUAAAAUCCAUCUGGUGCCACGUACUCUGAACUUACUCAACCUUAACUUUUAGUGUCUUCUUCGGUAGCCUAACAAAGGUGGGGCUUCGCAAUUGCUAGAUACAAGGACCUUCUUACUGACACUUUAGUUAAUAAGGGACAUGAUCUUUUUAGCAGACCUAGAAGUUUCAACCGGUAAUACCGGUUUUCCCCUGGUGCGCAUGUUCAAUCGUGAGAACCGCUGACUUUUUCCGUGCCCACGGCAUAACAUAACAUUUUAUUAGCAUUCCCAUAUACAGAAACGGUAUUGCUUUUAAACUAUUACAAUUGAGUUUUAAUAAUAUUUAAUAUAAUCAAUAAACAGAUAGAAUUAAUUAAAAGAUAUAAUUAGAAAUCUCCAUUUCCCAUGCUUUUGUUUUAUGGAAUAAUAUUCUCUAAGUUGAAAUGCUUCAUAGACAUACUGGCCAAGACUUUUUUACAAACAUGUGGAUCAAUAUUGUUAAAACGAAAUAUAACUUUUUCCGAUUUUUUCAAGUCUACGAAUUUGUCAAUCAAUCGACAAAACAUGGCAGCUCUUCGCUUUCGUACAAAGCCUUUGAAAAAGUCGUCAAAUGUGCUAUUACAAAGUUAAAAUCGGACGGAUUUCAAGGUCUCUGUAUAAUUUUCUGUGUGGCAACGAUACGUUUGUCUCGCCUCCUACUCAUUAAAAAAUCACUCCAUUUGAAAGCGAGGCCCGCGGAGGCUCGGUUACUUUUGAAUUUGGAGCAUGCUCAAAAGGAAUUGUGCAUGCCGCGAGUAGAGUCUCCUUUCUCUUCCCAAUUUUUCUAGGAAGAUCGAAGGAGACUCUGCUCGCAGGGUACGCGUUCACUAAAACUUGAUCACUUUAAAAUUGAUCACGGGCUCUCGCUGUUUCCCUCUCCCCAGUCCCCUCAAUCUUUUUGUUGUUGUUGUUUCUUUUUUCCCCUUUCUACAACCUUCAAGAGGUGCGUGUUUGGGGCAGAAUUCAAAAACGGAUCUGUGAUCUCAGAUCAUAUGGAUUUUUCACCACCAAAACUGAAACCGAAGAUCAAAAAAAAGGAUCAUUUACCUUGGACAACGGCAUGUCCUCUUGCCCCUCGUGAUGAGAAAAAUAGAGGAAAAAAACAACAAACUGCGCUGAUCCUAGCUAGCGUACGUAUACGAAUUGUAUUGUUUCUAUUUGAAAGACAAUCGUCUCUCGAAUAGAAUCCACCUUAGGAUAGUAAAAUUAUAAGCCAGAAUUUAAAACCGAAGCUUAUAAAUCGUUUAUUUUUGAAAUUACUUGGAAAAAAAACCGGCUUAAGCAGACACUACAUAAGUACAAAAAACAAGAAAAGUAAGGGUUUAAAAACAGUCUACGAAUGUAAAUAGAUGACAUACAUGGAAUCAGAGUCCCUUCAUUUUUCUGAAGAAAAGAAAUUUUAAAAGUGGAAUGAGCAAGCCGAAAUCGACCUAAAGCCGAUAACACUGAAAUCCAUCGUCAAAACUACUACAUUAUUUCGGAUUCGAUACGCACAGAAAAUCCCUUUUAUUCAC